AUGGGAGGAGGAGGAAGCCUUUACUGCUUCUCAUGCGUUACGCCGAAUACCUACGAAGUGGGAAUGGUGGCGGCCAUGGCGAAACUGAAAGUGGGCAUGUUCGAGUGCAACGGCUACGACAUUAUCAGCAAUGUUUCAGCUGCGGAGCUCUUCAAGGAUUUUCCGGAGACCGCCAAGAUGCUGAAGGACAAGGUGCACGUGAUCAAUAUGGAUCUGUAUGUGAAGACGGUCAAAGGCCCUGCAGGGCAUGAUACCUCAUCGCCCGCAACGGAUCCGAAUUCGCCUCUCUACCAGGGGAAGAAUGCGAUUAUGAAGCAUCUUGCCAACACUCCUGUGUUCAAAGAAGUGUGGCAGACCAUUUUUGAUCUUGGGAAUUUUGAGAAGUAUGAUUACACCUGCAAGCUGGACAUCGAUGCUGUGAUCGUUCCGCAGCGACUGUCUGGAAUGCUGGCUUCCAGGCCGGUGCGGCCAGAAUUCUUCCUGAACUCGCUCCAUGACAUGUACGGCAACUUCCUUCAUGGGCCGGUGGAGCUGAUCUCCAAGCUGGGCAUGUACGCGUAUCGCGAUGCCAAGGAGCAAUGCUUCAAAAAGAUCGACGUGCAGCUCUAUGGGGAGGACUUCUGGGCCAACAAAUGCUGGUCUUUGCUUGGAAUUCCUGUGGUGAAAACUUUGGAAAUGCCCUUGCUGUAUGAUGAGUAUGAGUGGGGCAAGUCCGCGUUCCAUCACUGCGACGCUCUGAAUCCUGAUCCAGCUGUCUUCCAUCAGAAUCAGUACUUCGGAGUGUACCACCCCCGGAAGAACAUGGAGGACUGGCUGGCCUGCCGAGAGCAGACAGGAGUCCCCCGGUUCAUCUCAAAGGAUCAAAAGCAUAUGGCAAUUAAGAUGGCGGGCCCUGGACAUCCGGACAAGAUCCUCGGCAAGAUGUUCGAGAUUCCACCCAUGGCAUCAUUCCAAUGGAAUUUGCCGAUCGUGUCCCUCGUGUCCGUUGCGAUUGCAGGUGUUGCUCUGGUAGCCCUCGGCUCCUUUGCUGUUCGGAAGUGGAAUUCGGAGGGGCUGCGGGCGGUUGAAUCUCCCCGGACGUUCACGGCGCUGGAGGGACAGGCUGCAGAAAAGUCAUUGGAAGCUGGCUUGAUCCAGGAGAUCGAGUGA